AAAAAAACCCAAGCAAUAGAGGAUAGUGCGAUUCCUAGAGUGCCUAGUGUGAUUCUGGUUAGCCACUGAGGAUUACAGAUUAUUGUCAGCAAAAUGUUAACGCCUCGGAUACUUAGAAUAGCGAUAGUGCUAUGCAUAAUCAUCGCGAUCUUCUCCCAAGCGACUGACAGUGCUCAAACAAAGCGAAGAAUACGACGGCCAACCAACCAAAAGUCAUCCGUAGCAAAGCCGGAAGAUAACCAGAUCUCCACCAAAAAGGCACAGGAUCGUUCGGAUCAGGCACCAGCCUCAGCCACCAAUCGCUUCCGAGUGCGCACGAAAACGCGUGGCUCUCUUGCUGCCGGUGCAGCUGGAGCCGCUGUUGUUGCUGGAGCGGCCAGUUCUGCACUCGUAUCCAAAAAAUCCCAAGUCGAUAGUGAUGGAUACAAGAUCGUCUGCUACUACACCAACUGGUCGCAGUACCGUACCAAGAUCGGUAAGUUCGUCCCAGAGGACAUCCCUGCCGAUCUGUGCACGCACAUCAUAUUCGCCUUCGGCUGGCUGAAAAAGGGCAAGCUGAGUUCGUUCGAGAGCAACGAUGAAACGAAAGACGGCAAAACGGGCCUGUACGAGCGCAUGAUGACGUUGAAGAAGGCAAACCCCAAACUGAAGGUGUUGCUAGCCAUCGGUGGCUGGUCGUUUGGCACGCAAAAGUUCAAGGAGAUGUCGGCCACUCGAUACGCCCGUCAGACCUUUAUCUACUCUGCCAUCCCAUUCCUGCGACAGCGCGGAUUCGAUGGGCUCGAUAUGGACUGGGAGUACCCGAAAGGAGGUGAUGACAAGAAGAACUUCGUACUCCUGCUGAAGGAGCUGAAGGAAGCAUUCGACGCCGAGUCUCAAGAGAUCCGUCAACCACGACUCCUGCUGACCGCGGCUGUACCCGUCGGUCCGGAUAACGUGCGCGGUGGAUACGAUGUCCCAGCUGUGGCCAGCUAUCUUGACUUUAUCAACUUGAUGGCGUACGAUUUCCACGGCAAGUGGGAACGCGAAACUGGACACAACGCUCCCCUGUACGCGCCAUCUUCCGACAGCGAGUGGCGCAAGCAGCUCUCGGUGGACUACGCCGCCAAUCUAUGGGUGAAGCUGGGCGCCCCGAAGGAGAAGCUGGUCAUUGGAAUGCCGACGUACGGACGUUCCUUUACGCUCUCGAACACUGAUCGCUACAAGGUGAAUUCGCCUGCAAGCGGUGGUGGUAAGGCUGGCGAGUACACGAAGGAAUCUGGCUUCCUGGCGUACUACGAGAUCUGUGAGAUGCUGUUGAACGGUGCCGUGUAUAUCUGGGACGAUGAGAUGAAGGUGCCAUAUAUGGUCGAUGGUGAUCAGUGGGUUGGGUUCGAUGAUGAGCGCGCGAUCCGUAACAAAAUGACGUGGAUUAAGACGAACGGAUUCGGUGGUGCGAUGGUGUGGACGGUUGACAUGGAUGACUUCAGUGGUACAGUGUGUGGUGGAAACGUCAAGUACCCGCUGAUCGGAGCCAUGCGUGAGGAACUUCGAGGAGUCAGCCGUGGCAAGGAUGCGAAGGACGUUGACUGGUCGUCGGUGGCUGCCACUAUCGUGGAGAAGGAAAUUGAAAAGCCAGCUCCAAUUAAGAUUUCCGUAUCUGAGCUGCUAUCAAAGGUGCAGAAGCCCCAGAAGAAGAUCAUCAAGCAGGGUCUGGCAACGGUGGAGAAGAACUCACGACCAGCGCAGGUGUUCUGCUACUUGACGAGCUGGUCAGUGAAGCGACCUGGUGCCGGAAAGUUCGAACCGAAGGAUGUGGAUGCGAGUCUCUGCACCCACAUCGUGUACGCCUUCGCCACGCUCAAGGACCACAAGUUGACGGAAGCGAACGAAAGCGAUCCGGACAUGUACGAUGAGGUGAUCGCUCUACGUGAGAAGAACCCUGACCUGCAGAUCCUGCUCGCUAUCGGUGGCUGGGCAUUUGGAUCAACACCCUUCAAAGAGCUUACGUCGAACGUGUUCCGCAUGAACCAGUUCGUGUACGAAGCGAUCGAGUUCCUGCGCGAGUAUCAGUUCAACGGACUGGACGUCGACUGGGAGUACCCUCGUGGAGCUGACGAUCGUAAAGCGUACGUUGAUCUACUGCGCGAGCUGCGUGUCGCAUUCGAGGGUGAAGCAAAGACGUCUGGACAGCCACGUCUACUUCUGACGGCGGCCGUGCCGGCUUCCUUCGAAGCGAUCGCUGCUGGAUACGAUGUUCCGGAGAUCUCGAAGUACCUUGACUUCAUCAAUGUCAUGACAUACGACUUCCAUGGACAAUGGGAGCGUCAAGUUGGUCACAAUUCGCCUCUGUUCCCGCUCGACUCGGCCUCCAACUACCAGAAGAAGCUGACCGUGGACUACAGCGCUCGGGAGUGGGUUAAACAGGGUGCACCCAAGGAAAAGCUAUUGAUCGGUAUGCCAACGUACGGACGCUCCUUCACGCUUGUCAACCAGACGCAAUUCGACAUCGGUGCACCAGCUUCGGGCGGUGGUCUACCGGGCAAAUUCACCAACGAGGCCGGUUUCUUGAGCUACUAUGAGAUCUGUGCUUUCCUCGGUGUUGACAACACGACGCUUGUGUGGGAUUCGGAGCAGCAGGUGCCAUUCGCCUACCGAAAGGACCAGUGGGUCGGAUUCGAUGAUGAACGUUCGCUGAAGACAAAGAUGGAGUGGCUCAAGGAAGAAGGCUUCGGAGGAAUCAUGGUGUGGUCGAUCGACAUGGAUGACUUCUCGGGACGCUGUGGUAGCGGCAAGUACCCGCUGCUGAACGUGCUGAACAGCGAACUGAAGGACUACAAGGUUCAGCUGGAGUACGAUGGCCCGUACGAGUCCUACGGACCACGAGGUGCCUACACCACCAAGGAUCCGAACGAGGUCACGUGCGCCGAAGAAGACGGUCACAUCAGCUACCACCCGGAUAAGGCUGACUGUACGCAUUACUUCAUGUGCGAAGGAGAGCGCAAACAUCACAUGCCAUGCCCGGCCAAUCUGGUCUUCAACCCGAACGAGAACGUGUGCGAUUGGCCCGAAAACGUCGAGGGAUGUCAACACCACACGCAGGCCCCUGCAGCCAAGUAAGCCAGGUCCAACAAUGGUCAUCGGUCGGCAGGUCGGGUGCACUUGGAGCUGCAAUCGUGAGCCAUCUUUCAGUCUCAUUCCAUUCCUGGUUGGGUCUUAACCAGCUGUGGAACUGUGCUUCUCCCUUGACGUCACCAGAGGUCGCCACUAAACUUAACGUGCACGUGCAAGGAUCUUCCAAAAAGCUAACGAAAAUACUCUUUUACACUCGGCGCUGGUCCGAGAGCUCGAUAGAUCAUUUUCUCAACAUCGUCUAUCCUAGGCACACGCAGCAUGAACCGAGACUCCCAACUCGCCAACGACGGAGCCACCGUUUGUAAAUAUAUAUAAUAUUAUACCGUACCGUCCUUUACACUGUUCUUAACGCUUUGAUGGGAAUUUAAAGAUGAAGUGCGAAUGUGUUUAUUUUUCCUCAAGCCCCGGAUGACUCCCGUUCGGUAAAGGCUCGCCAAUUCGUUGCCACGAACUGGAUGUGUCCUACGACGGGAGGUCCUGUCGGGAUCCUUAUGUUCACUGCCCUCAGUUAUACUAGCCCCAAGUGCACCUCGACGUCGGUUGGGAUCUUGUUUCCAUCCGAAGGCACACGUACACCUAUUUAUAAAUGAAUCCCGUGUUCUUCACAAAACGAAACCCAUCUUCUACUGCCCAGUUCUCUACGAACGGUUUUCUUCGCCAUUGCGUGGUGUCCUUCCUAGGAAUCAUCGCCGAUCGGGAAGGAGAUUUGGUUAGAGAUCAAUUUUUUUUACGAUUAAUAUUAACUUUGCUCAUGUCCUUAAAAUACGUCAGAUGCUAUUUAUGAGAAUGAAGAGAGAGAGAGAAAGAGGAAAAUGAGAGAGUGAGAUAUAAAUAUAUAAAAACGGCACACUCACGCUUGUUGUGCUGUUUUCACUGCUGUCCAGGAUGGGAAAUAGAAACACUAAUUUUGAAAAUUGAAACAGCUCCUGGCGUGCUAGCGAAGGACGACUAACAUUCCAUCGGAGAACGCUCUUUUUUAUCCGUGCGCUUAAUCCAUGAACGCCGGAAAUGAAUGUGACAAAUCGGCACAUUUGAUCUUUGUUUGUUUGCUUGUUUGUUUGUUUUUUACACCAGUAAAUGUCUGUAAAACUCGUUUUUGAUAGAUGUAUAAAAACUGUGAUAAUUAAGUGUAUAUAAAAAAGGAGCCAGGAGCCGAGCAGAGAAGUGGAGCCGGGGGGAGGAAACCGGGCUCGAGAAAAGCAGGAAAGCAAAAAACGCUUGAAAUGGUACGGGAAAACUCAUGAGGCGCUCCGACAAAAAAAAAUCUUUAACAAAACACAAACAAACAGUGACAAUUGUGCAAAAUCUUUGAAAAGCGAUCAAUCGAAACACAAACAUACAGCAGAUACAAACGUGAAGAACAGUUUAGCUCGUAAGCGAAUCGGAUGAAGAAAAUGAAAAGGACGAGGAAAAGCAGGAACGGUUGCGCUGCUAAACAGAUAGCUCAUUUUCUGUUUGUGAGAAGAUGAUCGAAUACAGAGCAUGUAAGUGGAAAUUCGAUGAUUGGCAAUGCCACAACUCGAGAGCAAUUUAGGAAACGAAAAUUGCGCUAACGUGACGUGAAUCAUCGGAAAUGGAAACACGUCGAAAGCUGAAGGAAACGCAGCACCAGUACAAUUACAUACGGGCAGGAUUUAUCCACACAAACCAUCGGUCCGUAUCGGCGGAGUUUCCUGUGAGCAGAGCAGUGCGAGCGUAGACGAAAACACGCCAAACAGAGCGUGAAUACUUUAUU